UGUACGAGAGUAGCCGUUCAGUGUGUGACUGCAAGUGCUGCGUGCACUGUGCAGUCAGUGGGUUGUGGCAUAGGAGUAAACUUAAAGCAAGGACCACGUGAUGCGCCGGGUCAGUACGAUUUGGGAGCACGUGACCCUCUUACUGGAGGAAAAAAUGGCGGCGCCCUUAGAGCUGGUGCUGAGCACGGAUGCGGCGGGACAAGUGGCGAACUGCUCGGUAUGGGAUCCACAGACGGGCGCGGUGCUGCUCACCUACCGCGGAGGGAACAGUACGCCCCGCGGCCUCGCUCUGCUCGGGGGCCAGUAUCUUCUUGGAGGGCAGCUGGGGAAGAACUAUAUGAAUGUAUGGGAGCUGCAGAGAAAGGACCAGCUGCAGCAGAAGAUCGUGUGCUCAGGACCAGUGACCUGUCUGGCCGCAUCUCCUAAUGGGCUCUAUUUGGUGGCUGGCAUUGCAGAGAGCAUCUACCUGUGGGAGAUUUGCACAGGGCAUCUCCUUUCUAUCCUUAACAGUCACUAUCAAGACCUCACCUGCCUCACGUUCACAGAUGACAGCAGCCAUUUCUUGUCUGGAGCCAAGGACAGCCUGGCACUGGUGUGGAACCUCUUCAGUGUGUUGCAGGCUGAGGGAUCCCGGGGCCCCGAACCUCGACACAUGUGGACUCAACAUACACUUCCAAUCACUGAUUUGCAGUGUGGUACUGGAGGACCCCAGUCCCGAGCAGUCACUUCCUCUUUGGACCAAACUGUUAAGCUUUGGGAUCUUGCCUCUGGAGAACUUCUGGUGUCUGUCCUGUUUGAUGUGCGGAUCAUGUCCGUAACAUUUGAUCCAGCUGAAUAUCAUUUAUUCUGUGGUGGCAGUGAUGGCUCUAUAUUCCAGGUGGACCUUUGUGCGUGGCCAGUACAGCGAGACAAAACCUUCAACACUGAACAGGAGAAGGUGUUCAGAGGACACAGAGACCAAGUGACAUGUCUAUCUGUGUCACUGGAUGGGAGUAUGCUAAUAUCAGGAUCUCAUGAUGAAACCGUGUGUGUAUGGGACAUCCAGAGCAAGCAAUGCCUACGUACAGUCAACCACAGAGGUCCAGUGACAAAUGCCUUUAUUAUACCUACACCAGGCAACAUGUUGCGAGCAGAUAGUAAGCCAAGCUUUCCCCUCCCUCGCUUUAGCAAGCACUUUCAGGGUGCUGAGGGCUGUGAGGGUCCUGAGAGUGACGGUAUCAUUUUGCGGCCCGGGAAACCCCAACAUGGGACUGAGGACACUUACUUGCAACGAGCGAAACAGCUGCACAAUCUGCUUGGUGAAACUGAGGGCAAGAACCUUACAGUACUCGUAGAUCAGCUUCGCUCUCGGACAACAGAACUUGAGGAUGAGCUAAGUGUGGUGCGGAAGAGAAAUAAAGACCUCUUUGACUUUUCAGUCAGCAUGCUCACCAAACCAUGACCUUGUGUGAGGCAAUAAACUAAACAUGGACAAUA